AAUUAAACGUUCCACCAUUGAAGUCACAACUGCAUUACAUUGCUCACUAUUAAUCGUUUGACUAUUACGCCUGUAUUUACUGUAAUUUGAUCAAGCACGAUCUCGAUUAUCACUGAAAAUGGCAGCAAAGUUUCUAGUGAUCUUCCUGACCGCAGCAAUUUUUGCCUAUUUUGGUGUCUUCGCUAAGGGAGUGCCCCAGGAUGCUCUCGCACGGAAAAUCACGACUUUGUCCGACGCUGUGCAUAACGCUUUCGCCCACCGCGAUCUUCCGCGGACCAAGCGCGAGACGGUGACUCUGGAAAUCAGCGAGGCCAGCAUGCCCGUAAAAUGCCGCGAGACCGUCACGGCGCUACAGGAGUUGUGGCUACUGUGCAAGGCCUAUUACCUGCGUCUGGGUUCCCGGUACUCCGGAUGCAACGAUAAAGACAGCGACAUGAAGAGAACAUUCGGCAUCUGUCUGACCUACAGCAAUGUGGCUGAUCGUGAGAACCUGGUGGAUAUGUAUAGUAAUUUCAUAAAAUAUCAGUACACUUCUUAAUGUAGCUGUUUGACCUUUAUCUGCCUAAUUUACUAGCUCGAUUGUUGCAACAGUCAGUGUUGUCGCUCUUUAUUUAUACUGCUUAAUGGUGCGGCCUUUCCUGAGUUUCCUGGGUUGUAAUCUUUGUGUAUAAACAUAGGUACUCGUUAAGGUACCAAUUUUGCAUUAAAACCGAUCCUUAAAUGUAAAGGCUUCUUAUUAUCGUUACUGUGAUCCCUCUUAUUCGAAGGAUUUCGGAUUACAGCUAUGCUGCCUGAAAAAAUGUGAAUAAAGUCAGUGCAAUAA